AUUUGAUGGAUCAAUAUCACUUUUUAUUCAAAUACAUUAUUGUCGGUGACACUAGCGUUGGGAAAUCAUGCAUAUUGUUAAAUUACACAGAGAAGAAGUUUAAUGAAGACCAUGAAACUACAAUAGGUGUUGAGUUUGGAAGUUAAUUGUUAAAGAUGAAUGACAGGACAAUUAAGAUUUAAAUUUGGGACACUGUAUUUUUGUUAAUAUGAUUAAAAGGCUGGAUAAGAGAGUUUUAGAUCGAUCACAAGGUCUUAUUAUAAAGGGUAUGAGUGAAGUAAAUUAGGUCAAUUGGAGUAGUCUUAGUAUUUGAUUUAACAAAGAAGGACACCUAUUAUAAUGUUAUGAAAUGGCAUAAUGAAAUAUUAGAUUGCACACAUGAAUUCGUAGAGAUUAGUUUAGUUGGAAAUAAAUUAGAUUUAGAAUCAGAGUACAAAAUAUAAUGUUCUAUAAAGACGUCAAGUUUCUUCAAAAGAGGCCCUUGAAUAUGCUCAAUCAAAUAAAAUGAAUUAUUUAGAGACAUCUGCCAAAACUGGAUAGAAUAUUGAUAAAGUAUUUGAAGACAUAGCUCAAAGAAUAUUAGUAAAAAUUGAUAAUAAGACAAUUGAUUAUACACAGGAAGUAAGAAUGUUCUUGGUAAAAGGUUUAUGGAAUUAAAUUAGGACCAUUUUUUCAAAAUCCAAAAUAAAUAACAAAUACACCUUCAACUUUAAAAUCAGAACCAGAAAAGAAGGAUAAAACAUGUUGUUGAU